AAAAAAAAAUAAAUAAAAAAAACAUUGACAAGAGUUUGAAUAGGAACUAGGAUUGCAAUGUUAAAAUCUGCUAUCUACAAAGAGGCUGAGCAUUAAAAAUGGUCAUGGGUAUCCAAAUAACAAACUACAUACUUCUGGUAAAAUAUUCUUUAUACUACCCAUCACUUGAUUUAAAUAUCGACAUAUUGAAAAAUAUCAUUAUAAUCCAAUGCAAAUUACUACCUCCGGUAACUAUUAUUUGCAACAAAGGGGUAUUAUUUAUGAGAUAUAAAAUAUUCCUUUGUUGCAAAUAAUAGUUAACGAAGGUAGUAAAUACGCUGAUCUUUAUCACAUUCAUACAUCCAUAUUCCAUAAUAUCAUAAUGCCUCUUAAAAAUGUAUUUGGAGUUGUCCACUCAAACGUGCAUAUGUAGUUUGUAGACCCAAUACGUAGCACUAAUAAACUAUCAGUCCAAAAUGCUAACACAUCCACCAAUGAUUAAAGCUAAAAUUAGUACAUCAUCAAUAUUCUCUUAUUCCUCAUCAUCUACCAAACAAACUUAUAAAAUGUACCAACCUACUUAUACAAAUCCAUUUAUAUAAACUACUAUAAACACCCAAAACAAAACCAUUAUCAUAUUUUUAUUGAAAAAAAUGUUAUUUAGUUGGUAAAUUACGUCCGUAUUCUUCGCUGACUAAGUGUCAAGAAAUAAAAACCAAAACCUUUAUUUUGAACAACUCAAAAAGCACCCCUUUUUCUUCUCUGGUGCUGACAGUCUAGCAUGGCCCUUCUUCUACGUAAUUAUACUUAUUAGUGUCAUUUUACUUCCAUUUUUAUUUCCUUAAUUAUCACAUUUUUCAUCAACCAUUCCCUUUUUCCUUUUUUCAAGCAUAUAAAUUUCCAUUUUCAUCUUAUUUUCACUAAUAAAAAGUCUUAAUGUUUGUAUCAUUAUAAAUCUCACUUCUCAAAGUUCUCAUCUUUUUUCUGAUUCAGAUCAUAAAACAUCAAAAAUCCAAUAUUUUUUCAUCUUUAUUCAAAGAAAUCAGAGGAUUUUCUGAAAAAGAUUGAAACUUUAUGAUCAUUUUAGAUUAAUUAUGGAGUAAUUAAUCAUAAUGUAAGAUCAUAAGCAAUGUGGGCUAAUUUCAACAUAAACUGGUAUGCAAUCUCUACUAUAUGGGUGAUCAUGAUCUUAAAUUUAUCAUUUUUUCCUUCAUUCUCUUUAUCCAUAAACAAUAUUACACACAUUAGUGAUGAUAAUCCUACUUAUUUAGAUGAUUAUCUUUAUAAUUACUCCGCAAAAUCAUUACCCAAAAAGCCUCACACAGGUGUUCUGUACAACAUUUCACUUCCUGCUAAUUUUUCUGAUAUGAAAGUCUCAUUAUUAAGGUUAAGGAGAAGUGCUUUAUGGAGUAAAGGUGUAAAUUCAAGUAAUUUUGAUAUACCACCAAAAAUAACCACUACACCUUAUGUGAAAAGAUUGGAAAUCAUGUAUGAAAACUUGGGGAAUUUAUCAUCUCAAUACUAUGAAUUACCUGGAUAUACAUUUAUUACAAAAGUUAUUGGAUUCGCGGUGUAUAAUGCCUCGGAUUCUAGUGAAGGAACGAGCUCGAAAAGGCUUAAUAUCACCUUAUUAGUAGGGGAGUCAAUUAAGGUGAAGUUUUCUCAAGGGGAAGUUUUAUUACAAGGGAGAAAUAAUAGUGAUGAUGUAAAAAAUAAGCUUAAAAAGUGUGUUAGAUUUGAUCCAUUGAGUGGUUUGGUCGAGUUGGGAGAUAUGUUAAGGCCUAAUGUUUGUUUGUCACAAGGUGUAGGGAAUUUUGCUAUAGCAAUGCCUAAAGUUAAUGACUCGAUAUCACCUUCACCUCCAUCUCCGCCUUUACCUAGAGGUUCGCCAUUGUUCCCAUCCUCUCUAGGCCACAAAAGAAGAGAAAGGAAGAAAAUCAUCGCGAUGUGGGUGUGGUGGGUGGUUGGAUUCACAGGUGGACUAGUUGGUUUAAUGUUGUUAGCUUCGUGUAUAGUACUUGGUUACAAAACAUAUAGUUCGCGAAAGAUUCAAAGUAUGGAAAGAACAUCGGAGAAGAGUGAGUCUCUUAAUACAAAAUGGAUUGGCAAUAGUAAGUUUCCUUUGGCCCCGGUUUCUAGAACUCAAGCAGUCCUUGAAAAUGACUUUGCUCCUUAAGAUUGAUAAUAGUAAGUUUAAGUUUCAUUUUUAUUAUAUUGGUUUCUUCUAUAUGUUAGUGUAGUUUUAAUACAUGUACAAUUUUUUUAGCAUGGAAAACUGUAAAUUGUUCAUAUGUAUUAAAAAGAGGGUUAAUUUUGCCUAAAUUUGCUGAUUACUGUUAUACUUGGCUUGUGAAAUUCCCUUGAUCUUCUUGCAAUAUGAAAAGAGAUUAGAUUCUUUAACAAUGUACAUUCAUUAUGUUCAUGAUAAGUAUAUUAAUCGAACCGAAACCGGCAGCUUAAUUAGCAAAAACAAAAAUAAUCAGUUUGGUGGAAUACACCCAUCAUUUACAGCAUAUGCACCAAAGAAGUUAUCUGGAAAUUUCAAAAGGAGACAAGCAUAUU